UGUUACGUAGGUUUUAACGUAUACGCUAUUAAUAAAUAACACAUUAUUAACAUCAUUCACUGCGAGUUUGUUCAUGGAUCAAACAAAACAGAUCACUAUUUGCUUCUGAGAUCUGUUCCUUACACAGGAUAGAAUCAGUUGUCAUGGAUCAGAUGUACAGCCUGCAGCGGGAGGUGGGUCGAGGCAGCUAUGGUGUGGUCUAUGAGGGUCGUGUAAUGGAGACCGGCUGGUGGGGCCGGAGUGGGGACACAGUGGCCAUCAAGCGCCUGCCUUGCUGCAGCCCAGAAAGUAUUGAACUCUACUUGCAGGAGCUAUGGGCUAUGAGAGCCACAGCCAGGAGUCACCCAAACAUUAUUGGGCUUUACAACUGUAUGCUACAGACCGGCCCAAAAACUCUACAGCCUCUAAAGUCCGGCAGGCCACCUCUGGACCUUGUGGAGAGUGCACUUAAAGGGAGAGUAGUGGACAAGGACUCCAAGAGUCAAACAACUAACAUUGCUAAGUCGAGAAGGAGACACUCUACCACAGAACCAGUGCAGAGACGGUGUUUUGCUCUGUGGUUGGUAAUGGAAUAUUGUGACGGAGGAGACCUGAACCAGUACAUGCUGUCUAGGUGUCCAGAUAUCCAGAGGAAUUAUGAGGUUGUUCGGCAGCUCAGUAGUGCCAUGACUUUCCUGCAUGGACUGGGAAUCGUGCACAGAGACCUCAAACCGGCCAAUGUGCUUGUCUGCGUCACCAAUAAUGGACCUGUGGUGAAGGUUGCAGACUUUGGCUUGAGCAAGAUGGUAGAAGGUCCCACAGAUGGAGAACAGAGCAGACUGGCCCUCUCUUCUACAUGUGGCUCAGACUUUUACAUGGCACCUGAGGUGUGGGAUGGCCGCAGCUACACAGCCCAGGCAGACAUCUUUUCACUAGGUGUCCUUUUCUGGGCCGUGCUGGAGAGGCUCACGUUCCUGGAAGAUGGCUCCAGCCAGGAGCAGCUGGGAGCCUAUGUGGUGAAGGGACGAUGGCUCAUGCCACUGGGAGAAGCUAUGUGUCAAAAUCCAGCCCUGCAGCUUACCAUUCCCAUGCGGGCACGAAGGGCACCACCUUUGCCUCCACCUCCUAGUCCCGACUUGUGUGCCCUACUGCUGGACAUGAUGGCGUUCGACCCAGACGCUCGGCCCACUGCGUCACAGCUACAGGAGAGAGUCUGUCGGGCUUUAGAGCCGCCCUGACCUCCGGAUCCAUAUUUAAGCUGGACAUUGUACAGUGCAUAUUGCAUUUAUGUAAGUGUGUGUGUCUGUGUGUGUGGUCAUGAAAGAAUAACUAUAUGCUGUCAGUGAUCAGUAAUAAAAAUAAAUGCUGGAAAUGUAAAUUAGGAUACAUUGAAUACUUGGCCAUACUGUUGGUCAUGUCAUGAUCUAUAUAUUACAGUGAAAUUUAACUGUUUUUUUCUAUUUAUUAAAGAUGUACAAAAUA